GCCUGCUCUCCUGCACUCAACAACUGCCAGUUCAAGACGCCGCCCAAGUCCAUCCAAGUCUACACCUUUAGGCAAUCACUACAUCGCUUCUUCUACCGCCGUUCUUGUCUUUAUCAUCCACCCACUACUUUCGACUCUCUCACCUUGCUUCAGAAGAGCCUCCGCCUAACCCAGUGAAUACAUCCUCCCGCCAUCCAUCAUGAACCCCGAAUACGACUAUCUAUUCAAGCUUCUCCUUAUUGGAGACUCCGGCGUCGGAAAGUCCUGUUUGCUGCUUCGAUUCGCCGAUGACACCUACACAGAAAGCUAUAUCUCCACCAUCGGUGUCGACUUUAAAAUCCGAACUAUCGAACUGGAUGGAAAGACCGUGAAGCUCCAAAUUUGGGAUACUGCAGGCCAGGAGCGCUUCCGCACCAUCACUUCGUCCUACUACCGUGGUGCUCACGGUAUCUGUGUUGUUUAUGAUGUUACCGACAUGGAUUCGUUCAACAACGUGAAGCAGUGGCUGCAGGAGAUCGAUCGCUAUGCCACCGAGGGCGUCAACAAGCUGCUUGUUGGCAACAAGAGCGAUAUGGAGGACAAGAAGGUCGUGGAAUACACAGUGGCAAAGGAAUUCGCUGAUAGCCUUGGAAUUCCCUUCUUGGAGACGUCUGCCAAGAAUGCCUCGAACGUGGAGCAGGCCUUCUUGACGAUGGCAAGACAGAUCAAGGAACGCAUGGGCACUGCUACCGUCAACAACAAGCCGACUGUGCAAGUCGGACAGGGUCAAGGUGUUCAGUCCGGGUCUGCAGGCGGAUGCUGCUAAACGAACCAUGAAGUAUCGUGCUCUGCGCCCAUUUGACUGCAAUAGAAUCACAGAAUCUAUUCACUGCUUCCCGGAAUCGGACGGUCUAGUUUGACUGCACCAUAGCACAGGCUGUAUCACGGAUAUCCCCUCCCCUUGUUCCUCUUUUUGCCCUCCCCUCCCCUUCCGCCCGGCAGACUUCUUCUCUUCCACUUCCCUUUCUCUUUGUUCCUAUCGAACCACGUGGUCGAUUUCUUCGCCAUGUUUUAGACGGCCUGUGUUUCUGUCCUCUAUAUGCUUAUUCUGCAGGUGUUUAUGCUCUCUAUCUUCUUUGUUGUUCUGUUUCCCUUAUCUCUCCGUUUUAUUUGUGGCUUCCCUGCAGCAUUUUCAUUUCAGAUCUCGCCUUAAUCUCUCUUUAUAAGUAGUUGGAUUCGUUUCGUACCCUUGUCGGGAUCAAUUAAUGAGAAGACCAUGAAUAUGUGGUGACUUUCGACAGCCCGGGUUCAACUCCCAUUUUACUGUGGAAAGCCCGUUCCUUCUAUUUUGUGAUUACAGUUAGAAUGUCAGCGACAAGUGAUCAAUUGGAUUGAGAUCUGGAAAAAAUAAAUAAAAAUAAAUAAAUAAAAACGAUUACAGCGUCAC